UUUCAUACAAAAUAAUCCCAGUCGUAGUUUGGAGUUCAACGUGUUGCAUUUCAACGGGGAACAUAGCCUACACGGUAACAGCCUUAACUAUUUGUUUCAUUUCAUCCAUUUCACAGGCUGAAACCUUGUUUGAAGAGUCCGUGCCCGUCUGUUUUUCUGAAUACAUCUUGGGUUAAAUUGACAUCAUGGCUCUGGAUCUGUGCGGACAGCUGUGCAAGUUUAUUCUCAUCAUCUUCAACAUCGUGUUCGCCCUGCUUGGCGCUGCCAUGCUGGGCCUAGGUCUGUGGCUGCGGUUUGGCGCCGACACGCGAGGCCUCUUCGACGUCAACUUAAACACACUGCAGUUUGUCAUCGGUGUGAUGGUGCUGAUCGUCCUGGGUGCAGUGAUACUGGUGGGCGCCGUGUUUGGAGACUACGGCGCCUGCAGCGAGAGCAGCGGCGCCCUGACAGUGUUUGCCGUCUUUCUGUCCAUCGUAUUUUGGUUAGUGGUUGGAGCAGGAGUAUUCGCCAUCAUAAGGAGUGAUGAGGUGGCGGAGCAGAUGGCCAUGUUCUACACGACGGUGUAUGCAAAGUAUUUGAAUACGGAUGACCCUAGCAUGACGGUCACUCUGACCUUAAUGCAUAAAUGGUUCCAGUGCUGUGGAUUGGUGGGAGCCCUGGACAUUCUGGUCAAAAAGACGUGCCCCGAUCACAGCUUCACCGGAUUCUUCACUAUGCCUGCCUGUCCCCCAGCCAUCGUCAACCUGUUUAAGGACAAGGCUCCGUUGGUUCUGGGCCUGUUCCUGGGUACAGCUGCUCUGCUGAUCAUAGUGCUGGCAUGCAGUUCUAUCCUUGCGAAGGAGAUUAAAAGGACAAAGAAUACAGUCUCCAAUACUAAGAUUAUUGGUACCAAUAAUGGUAUAUAUUAAUUUUGACAAUGUAGUAUUUCUGGACCACUGUUCAUUGGACCCAGUUACUAAUGUAAUGCAGAUUUUGAUGCUGCUAUUCAGGAAGCAUGCAUAUAACAAGGGAUCCAAACAGGUACUGCAGUUUAUAAUAUAUUUGUGGUAUAUUUUUUGUUACAAGUGAAGUGUUAUAGAUGGCCAUGAGUCUGCUUCUACCUUGUUUUGAAUGUUCAACAAAAUCACCCGUGUACCCUCCACUUGAAUAGCAGUCUAUUCAAGUCAAGCUAAUACUAGCUUACUUACAUUUUAAACUUAACUCAUCAAUAUUGAUAUGUACAAUUACAUUUAGUCAUUUAGCAAACGCUCUUAUCCAGAGCGAAUUACAGUAAGUAUAGGGACAUUCCCCCGAG